AACAUCUGCUACGAUCAAACUUGCGGCAACUUGCCAAAUUUGUUUACCUACGUUGCAAGUUCUUGUCUUUCGCUGGAAUGCGGAAUUACUAAGCAGAAAAUCAUUUGAAUAAUUGCCAGAGGAAGCUCUAUCGCUUGUUGAUUGACGUUGCGUGGGUGCAAGCAUAGAUAUGGAUCCAAUAAAUGUUGCAGCCCUUGUGGAUCUACUUCAUCCAGAGAAACAUGAUUCCGACAGUGAAGACGACAUGCCCUCAAAUACUAUGGCAAAGAUGACACCAGCUGACAUAGUCCCUGAAAAGACAGAAAUAGAGGAAAAGAAAUCUGCAGGACCCAAGAAGGCAGUUAAAGACAUAUGGGAUGAAGAGGAGGUGCCAGAGGGGUCCGAGUUUGAAUCUGUGUAUGACCCUCGACCUCAGCCUGACUAUGAUAUCAUUUACAAACAAGCAGUCACUUCUGAAGACAUGUUUUUGGGGAUGGGAAACAAGACACCAUCCUCCAGCAGUUGUGAAGACAUGGUGGUAAAGAUAAAGCUUCCAGACACUAAAAUUGCUGAUGUCCAACUUGAUGUGAAGGCCAAGUUUCUCGACUGCCGCACACCAAAAUACAAGCUGGGGUUGCAUCUGCCACACCCCGUGGAUCACAAAAAUGGCAAGGCACAGUGGGAGAGUUCAUCACAGACACUAGUCGUCACAUUACACAUGAUAAGAGAGUAUGACUUCAUGAACUUCUGAGGAUCUGACAAGAUGGAACCAAAGUGCAAUAUUUGAUGCUAACCCAUAACAUGUCAUGACUCCCAAUACCGACCAGUGUUUGAGCAGCAUGUGCUUGUCCAGCAUAUGGCUGCAUCAGAUAUUCAGGGAGUGACAUCAUCCUCAUGUUGUUUCAGGGAUCAAAUAUCACUGCUUAUCAUUAACAGAUUGCAGAGAAUUGAAUUCAUUCAUAUCCUGGUUAUUUUUAACAGAGGUUGUGACAGGCCCAAAAUAAUGAAAAGUAUUUUGAGGCAAUUCCAGAAUCUUGGUUAAAGGAGGUACGUAAUACCAAAUUCAGGAAGUCACCCAUGAUGCAGUUAGUGCAUCCGAUUUGA